AUGGCGAGCGGCACCGCCGCGCCCCCGGGCUCGGGCUCGGGCUCGGGUUCGGGCUCGGGCUCGGCGCUGCCCUCCCGGCUCCAGGAGACCGAGAAGCUGCUGGCGGCUACCGAAGGGCUCCGAGGCUCCAAAUCCUUCACGGCGGCGCUGGCCGGCGAGGCGGAGCGCAACGGGCACGGGCUCGGCUACAAGUCGGUGUCCGUCGGGCACCUGGACGCGGCCCCGCUGUCGCCGUCGCGGCUCAGCCUGGGCAGAGCCUCCUCCACCGGCACCAGCACGGCGCCGCCCGAGCAGGGCCGCCCGCGGGACUACCUGGUGCUCGCCAUCUUCUCCUGCUUCUGCCCCGUCUGGCCCAUCAACGUGGUGGCCCUCGUCUUCUCCAUCAUGUCGAGGAACAGCGGGCAGCAGGGGGACAUGGACGGAGCGCGGCGCCUCGGCCGCAUGGCCCGCCUGCUCAGCAUCGUCUCCAUCGUCCUGGGGACCAUCAUCAUCGUGCUCUACAUUUCACUCAGCAUCAGAGUUUCCUAGAAGACAUUUUAGCAUGCAAAUACCUCGAAGAGGAGGAAGACAACUCUCCUUUUGGGGUUUUUACUUUCAGCCUCACAACAAAAACUUGUCACAGCGUAGGGGGGCCGCCCUGGAGGAACGCGUGCUUCUGCUCCGCCGCCCCCUGGGAACAAGCCCGGAUGAGGGCUAGGACGAAAACAUCACGAGGAGGGAUGGGGAAGAGCUUCGGGUGCCGAGUGGAGAGGAGAAGGGGGAAACCCACUACCUCAUUCCCCUCCAGCAAAACUGACGGAGCGGGGAGACAACUCCUGGCGAAGGGCAAGGAGGGAGUUUCGGGAACGACGCUUAUUUUAAAGAAAACCUAAGGACGGACCAGGACACUUUGAGGAAUCCCCUCUAAGAAUUUUGGCACAAGCGACUGUGUUGUUGGGGGGUUGUUGGUUUUUAAAUCAUUACGUUAUCUGUCUCUACGACAAAAAAAACAAAAGCUCAAACUGCCA